GGUUUAAUAUAGCCAGACCAGACGGAGUAUGGCAGGAGCUCCGACGUGCGUAACCCUUAUACCGUUAUACGGCGGGCUACAUUGACCUUUGGAUUCCAGCAGCCGCCGUCUCUCAGUCGGAUGAUCAGUCACGUAUUCGAAGCAUAAUCUGCCCACAUGACACAUUCAGCUCCCACGCUUCGAUUUUCUUUCGCUCACAAUUGAGAAAACUCAGAUCUCGCUAAUCAAGUAUCGCUUCGUCUCUGACGAUUUUAAUUUGAAGGUUAGAACCGGUGAUUCUUGUCUUCCCGUUCUUGCUCGUAGGAAUCGAAAAAAAAAAGGAAGAAAUCACGAUAUCUGGAAUUCCUGGCGCAUCGGAAAUCCUAUGGCCUUUCCUCCUUCUGAUUCAUCAGGGUGGAACUGAAUUCGGGUGAAGGCAUUGCACGAAUCAAUGGCCAACUUUCGAUUCCUUCUCCAGCGCUUGGUUCGUGCACAUAGUUCUUUCCAGCUGGGAUCUGGUUAUGCUACCAAUAUAAGGCCUUCAUCACUCUCAUCAAUGAAUGGGAUAUUUAGAGUUCCUUUAAUUUAUAAGUCAAUUCCUGGCGCACAGGCUAUUUCCUCGACAGUUACUUAGCAAAGAUAAUAACUCCGGAAGGCUCUAAGGAUGUUCGUGUUGGGCAACCCAUUGCAAUAACGGUUGAAGAUCUAGAUGAAAUUAAAGAUAUAUCUGCAGAAACACUGAAUGGUUUUAAGGUUAAAGAGGAAAAACCAGUUCAGGAUGUGGAACCCAAAGAACAGGAAGUUAACAGCCAUCAGACAAAUAUCAGUAGAUUCAGCCCAUCUGCAAAGCUGCUUAUUGCAGAGCAUGGAAUAGAUGUAUCUUCUUUAAAGGCAUCGGGUCCUCGCGGCACUCUAUUGAAAGGUGAUGUGUUGGCCUUAAUCAAGGUUAGAGGUGGAUCUCAACAAACAAGUCAAUCAUCUGACAAGAAAACUUCAACAUCAGUACAUGCUUUCAAGCAAACUGCAGCUUCAUCAUCUUCAUCUGAAACCCUUUCACGUAUCACAUUUGCUUAUGAAGACUUGCAAAAUAGCCAAAUACGGAAGGUGAUUGCAAAGCGGUUGCUGGAAUCAAAACAAAACACCCCUCAUUUUUAUUUAUCUUCAGACGUAAUACUGGACCCUUUACUUUCAUUUAGAACCGAACUUAGAGAACAACAUAAUGUGAAAGUUUCAGUUAAUGACAUUGUCAUAAAAGCUGUUGCACUCGCGUUGAGAAAUGUCCCUGAAGCAAAUGCUUAUUGGAGCGAUGAGAAAGGUGAGACCACCAUAUCGAGGUCAAUUGACAUAUCAAUCGCGGUGGCUACAGAGAAGGGCUUAAUGACGCCAAUUAUAAGGAAUGCAGAUGAGAAGACAUUGUCAACUAUAUCCUCAGAGGUUAAAGAAUUGGCUGAGAGGGCACGUAAUGGAAAGCUCAAACCUGAGCAGUUUCAGGGUGGGACUUUCAGUAUAUCAAAUCUUGGAAUGUUCCCUGUUGACCAUUUUUGCGCUAUCAUAAAUCCUCCGCAGGCAUGCAUUCUUGCUGUUGGUCGAGGUAAUAAGGUUGUCGAGCCUAUUAAAGACAUUGAUGGAAUUGAGAAGCCUGUAGUGGUGACUAAGAUGAGCUUGAAACUGUCAGCUGAUCAUCGUGUCAUUGACGCCGAAAUUGGAGGCAAGUUUCUUGGAGCUUUGUCAUCCAACUUCAGUGACUUGAGAAGGCUGUUAUUGUAAGGGAUCUUGGGUUCAGAUUAGACCACCUUGAGCCUAUAUUAAUUUCAAACCUUUUAAUAAUGUAACCUCGGAUGGCCCACCAUUUUUCUGCGGGGAUUUUGUAAGAUUGUAUGGGAUGAAACUUGUUUUUUUGUAUUUAUUCUCAAUUGAUUUAUUAUUAUUAUUAUUUUUUUCAUCAUUUGACUGAUGUAUCAUUUACAACGAGCUUCUGAAUUUCGUGUACUGCUAGCUGAAUGAUGGUUUCAUAACCAACAACAGAGCAGGCACCGUUCUUCCCUCGUCUAUCAGUUCAGGCGUUCUUGUUAAAGAUCAAGGGAAUCAGAAUUUUGAGGUAAUCCUUGAAAUAGUUAAUGCAGCUGAUCUGCCCAACUUAGUUUUUUAUAUAUGUGCGUGUUUUUCCAAUCAUUGUAGAAGAGUACUUUUUUUCACAAUAAUAAACAUUGUACUAGUUCUUACUUGGGAAACAACUGCUGCUUGAAUGUUCACAUGAUUUAUAUGCAUAAUGCUAUGAAAUUUACAUAA